AUGAUCAGAAUCAACCUUGUUUGGAUGUUAGUAGGUCAAAUAUUCCUGRUUCACUCUGAAGAAGUACCUCUGCAAAUUCCASUGACCACAGCUCAGCUCGGAGAGUCUGUAUCUCUUCCAUGUUUCUUCUCAGAGACAAUUGAUUAUUUCCAAUGGCUGUACUGGUACAAGCAAACUGCUGGUCAAAUGCCCCAAAUUGUGGCAACUGUAGAAAAGAAAAAAUCUGCACAUUUUGUUCUUAAUGGAGAGUUUAACAACAUACGUUUCACAAUGGARAAAGUMAAAGUUGGAUAUCUUCUCAUCAUCAACAAUAUCAGCAGAUCAGAUGAGGCAGCAUACUUCUGUGGAAUAGGAACAGUGUAUGAAAUUAAKUUUAGAAAUGGAACAUUUUUGUCUGUAAAAGGUAAUUUUAUUUCAACUGUAGAACAACAGGCAGAGUCUGACCUAGUCCCUCCAGGAGACUCUGUGACUCUACAGUGUACAGUACUCUCUGAGACCUGUACAGGACUACACAGGGUGUACUGGUUYAGAGCYGGAUCAGGAGAAUCCCAUCCAGGAGUCAUUUACACCCCUGGGAACAGGAGUGAUGAGUGURAGAAGAGCCCUGAGACUCCCUCUCCUACACAGAGCUGUGUCUACAGCCUCUCYAAGAACAACCUCRGCCCYUCUGAUGCUGGGACUUACUACUGUGCUGUGGUCACAUGUGGGGAGAUCCUGUUUGGCGACGGAACCAAACUUAACACCAUUAAAGGUACAACUUCUUGUUAUACAUUGAAAAAAUACCUUACUCUUGAAAAUCUCUAYGCAAACAUUCAAGCGUAUUUUAUAGAUACCAUUAUUUAG